GGGGCACAGCCUGUGACGUAGACUGGGGCACCAAAAUUCACCGAAAGACUCGACUGUCUGAACAGACAACCACGUGAGGGCACGAGACUAGCCGCCAAGCCUUAAGACCACGCUGCAUCGCAUCGCAUGUGUACAUGUACACGAUAACACAACAUUGUGCUCACACACACAUUGAAUCUGCUCUGACAGAAACAUGGCCGAACAUGAGAAUUUGGAUGCAGCUUCCUAUUCUUCGUCCGAUUUUGACGGUAAUAGUUCAGAUCCAUCCACCUCUGAUCAGGCCAGUCACAGUUUGGAAGUCACCUCAAGUGAGAAUGAAAAAGAGGUCUCGCUUGGGGCUCAGCCGUAUAUGUUUGAGCCUGAAGUUUCAGACCAUUCCAACAGUGAUUCCGCGUCCGACAUGUUGGAUGAAGUUUCGGAGGGACGCCUCGGUAACAUCAAUUGGUGUGUUUGUGGUGGGUGCCAAGCAAUGGCAACUGUUCCUGAUUGUGUGUGCUGCGAAGAAAUAGGUCAAGUUUCUCGCAUGGCAGAUUCAUACGAUGGAGCAGCACUGAACUGCAUCACGCACCAUCCAGGAUUUGAGCCAGUCUGCCUUAACAGAUGGUUCCUUGACACUGCAUAUUUGUGGUAUAGGCAACAGUGUGGAGGUCGAGGGCAGAAUGCACCCCCUAACAAGAAGUACCGCCAUACUGCAUAUAGGCAGCUGACACAGUGGUUUUGGGGACACCUUAGACGCAUGGUACAUGUUCCACUUCUAGCGUGUGCUGUUCGUCUCAUCAGGGAGGCCUUUCCAUCUGAGGACGGCGUUUAUAUAGGAUUAAUGAAGUUGAGUUGGACUUAUGUAAACCAAAAUUUUAAAUGGGGAUGUAAAGUUAGGUUUUUGACAUGGUGAAAACUUCGGAAACUGCACGAGUGUAUGUGCACAUACACAAGAUACAUUUAGUAAAUGCAUAUGCGACACAAAAAUGAAAAAAUCGCGUUACUUGAAAUAUUGUCAGAAAUAGCACUAAAUUAAUCUAAAUAAAACAAAAUACACGCCUGUUAAUAUGUAGGACAGACUUUACUUACUGCCACACAUUUUGCUGUUAAACUUCUGAGGUCGUCACAUUUGUCAAAUCUAUACUUUCAUAUUACAUGUACUUGUAUUCUCACUUUGAUUCUGUGACUUGGAUUUAAUAUGCUCUGUGCACUGUAAAAACUAUAUGUAUUCACUGAUCACCUUCCCAGUUUUUAGAAAUUCUAUGCAAAUUCCUUUCAACAGUUUCAGGUUUCAACAGUGCUUAAGUAAAAAUACAGCAACCUGUCCAAAAAGUUCCCAGUGGGAAAAGUAUUAUAUAGCAGUUAAUGGCAAUUGUUACCUCUGCCAAAAAACCAGUUUGAACAUGACAGGCUAGUAAUCAGUAUCACACAUGAUAUUGGGUGUUUUUCGAUACAAAUAAAAGCAUACAGAAAAUUUGAGUGUCAAUGUUGACUUGUGUAAACUGCUUUGCAUACUUUGUAUCAUAUGACUGUAUAUGUAUACAGUCAAACCUCAAUAAGAGCACUGCUUUCCGUUAUGAAAAGGGAAAGUUUAGGUUCUAAGUCUUUGCUAGAGUUUUCCACUCCUGUUAAUACAUGUACAGUGUACAGGGUUCCUGUUAACAACAAUGUUAACAACAAUGUUAUUUUUGAAUUUUCAAGGACGUCUUUGUUAAGAGGUUUGGCUACUUUUCAAGAAUAUUAAAUCUUGAUAAGUACAUGUAUAAACCAAACAGCAAGGACUCCACUAAUUUAAAAGUAAUAAAAUCUGUUAUGGUUGCCAUAAUUUAGUUUUCAGUUUCUCGAUUGGAGUUCUUCUCAACAAAAUCAAGUUUAAUGUAUUAGAUAUUAUAUUCAGCACAAUGUAGGGUGCCCAAUCCAACUUGAUUACAAUUAUCAAACUGAGCAGGUUCCUUCAUCACUUUUACCAUGUUUACAAUGCUGCUCGUACUUCAGCCUCGCAAGUGAAACAUCAGGGUCCCAUCCAACUUGGUGCCUUGAGACCGUUCGCUAUUCUCAUUGUAAUGGAGAGCAGCUAAGGGCAACCUGUUGAACCAAACAUUUAGGAUCAAAUAACUGUACGAGACUAAACACUUGGCAUAUACAUUGUAGUAUUUUGAAAGAAGUUUCAGAACAUUGCCAACA